CGGGCACCUCUUAAUGGGGAAACGUGCGCCUCAUCCACACUGCAGAAAGCGUCGUGCCAGUCCGUGUAGAGUAGUUCAUAGUCCUGCUCAGAUUGAGCUAUCAGUGUAAUCUCAACUAAAGAUUAAAGUGUUAGGUGUACGUGUGUGUGCCGUCAGUUUCUUUCGUGUGUGUGGUCUUAAAACAACUGUAAACAUGCCCAAAAGAGCCAAGAAGAACGAGGAAGCUGUGGAUGGGGAGACUGGCAAUGGAACUGCACCUGCAAAGAAAGAGAAAAAAGGGAAAGAGCCAGAGGCCCCAAUUCUGUAUGAAGAUCCUCCAGAUAAGAUGACCAGUAAAGAUGACCGUGCAGCCAACAUGAAAAUCACCUCCUGGAAUGUGGAUGGUCUGCGGGCAUGGGUCAAAAAGAAUGGCCUUGAUUGGGUACGUAAGGAGGACCCAGACGUGCUGUGUCUGCAGGAAACCAAGUGCGCUGAGAAAGCCCUGCCGUCUGAUAUCACUGAAAUGCCCGAGUAUCCACACAAGUAUUGGGCUGGAUCAGAGGAUAAAGAGGGUUACAGUGGAGUGGCCAUGCUCUGCAAGACCGAACCCCUCAGUGUCACCUAUGGUAUUGGUAAAGAGGAACAUGAUAAAGAGGGUCGAGUUAUCACUGCUGAGUUUCCAUCUUUCUUCCUGGUCACGGCGUAUGUGCCCAAUGCCAGCCGUGGUUUGGUGCGUCUGGACUACCGCAAGACCUGGGACGUGGAUUUCCGGGCCUACCUGAGCAGCUUGGACCAGCGCAAGCCCCUGGUGCUGUGUGGCGAUCUGAAUGUGGCCCACCAAGAGAUCGAUCUUAAAAACCCCAAGGGUAACCGCAAGAAUGCAGGCUUCACCCCAGAGGAGCGUGAGGGCUUCACUCAGCUUCUUGAGGCCGGUUUCACCGACAGUUUCCGGGAACUGUAUCCGGAGCAAGCCAAUGCCUACACCUUCUGGACCUACAUGAUGAACUGUCGAGCCAAAAACGUCGGCUGGCGUUUGGACUACUUUGUGCUGUCGGCCGCAUUGCUCCCGGGUCUGUGUGACAGCAAGAUCCGAAACACGGCCAUGGGAAGUGACCACUGUCCUAUUACCCUGUAUUUGGCUGUGUAGGUGAGGUUUCUCAGGGCCACAACCAUUCAGUUCCAUAAAGAGAGUUCACAUUUUAGUGCUUCAUGCAUAUACACAGAAGGGUCUAGUCAGUCCUAUUAGU